AUGAAUGAACGGUCGGCUGACUGCGAAAGGGAAUAGGAGGAUAUUCCUGUGGGAAUGAAGCGCCUCCCCUUUAAUCGCUCGGCUGAGUUUGUCUCGGAGCUGUAGUCGCUCUCUGCACUCGCACAUUUGCCGUCAAGAACUCAGCACGGGAUUUCAGAGCUCUUGUUUUUGUCCCUGAAAGCUGCUGUUUUUUCCUUUUUCCUGUGUUUUUGUGGAAUAUAAAGCGCCUGGAGUGGAGGGUUUUAUCGCUUCUUUGUGCCGUUUUAUUAUCAUCGUCAUGAAGAAACGCGGAAUAAAGCGUUCAAAGUGGCUGAAGGACUGAAGGCUUGGUAACCUCCUGCUCUCACUCCUCCACACACCACCGUUUGGACGCUGCGAUGGCCAAGUGGCUGAAAGACUACCUGAGCUUUGGCAGCAGGAAGGUUCCUCCACAGCCACCCACACCAGACUACACAGAGAGCGAGAUCCUCAAGGCGUACCGGCUCCAGAGGGACAUGGACUUCGAGGAUCCCUACGAGGACUCGGAAAGCAGAUCCAGGGGUGAAUCUGGGACUUCUGACCCCGCCACACCGGUGUACGGCUCUCCCAUGAAGUCCUCCACCGUGGACGUGAAAUCCCCCAAACACAGACUGAUCAAAGUGGACUCUCAGGAGCUGGGCCGCACAAAGAUCCUCCUCAGUGCCGUGUCUUUAGACGACCAGCAAGAGCCUGUGGUGCCGUCUGCUCCGCUGGCAAGAGACACGGAUUAUUCGGACCCGUUCGAUGCUCACAUGAGCCACAGGUCAGAGCCGGACCUCAGAACCGUUCCCUGCGAGAACAACGGCUACAUGGAACCGUACGAGGCUCAGAGGGUCAUCACAGAGCUGCAGCGAGGUCCAGGAGGAGGGCGGUCGCGGGGCGAGGUUCAGCUCUACGACACCCCCUAUGAGGAUGAGAGGGGCCGGCGCCUGGGUCUGUUGUACGGAGACCCUCAGGAGGAGGGCAGGGAGAACAGCCGGCUGCCGCAAGACGACGAGAGGCCGGCUGACGAGUACGACCAACCCUGGGAGUGGAAGAAGGAUCACAUCUCCAAAGCUUUUGCAGAAAUGAGGGAUUUGUCCGAGUUGCCCUGGCCCGCGCCGGUGGGUCAUCUGGAGGAGGAGCCCACCGCCAGAGAGCAAGUGCAGUUUGACGGCGCAGAUUGGGACCGCUCCUCGUCGCCCACGGAUCGGCUUCGUCCUCCGGGGCCCAGGUCCAGCCCGCUGGCAGGAGGGGGGAUGAAGUUUCGGUCGCCCCAGGAAUGCCUCACCCUGGUGGGGGAGAGAGUGGACGCCACGCUGCCUCUGGAGAAGCAGGUGUGGUACCACGGUGCACUGUCUCGCUCGGAGGCAGAGUCGCUGCUAACGCUGUGUAAAGAGUGUAGCUACUUGGUGAGGAACAGUGAGAAUAACCGCUCCGAGUAUUCCCUCUCCCUACGGAGCUGCCAGGGUUUCAUGCACAUGAAGUUCACCCAGUAUAAAGACGGCAAGUACGUGCUGGGACAGAACAGCCCUCACUUUGACACCGUCCCAGAAGUCAUCCACUUCUACACCACGCACAAACUCCCCAUCCGAGGUGCCGAGCAUCUGUCCCUGCUGUUCCCCGUGCUCGUGCAGACGCUCUGACGCUCCUCCUGGACGCCAUUGUGAUCGGACACGUAAACCUUGAUUGUUUGACUGGGUCGUCCCAAGCUAGUUGGAGUUUUUGAUGAUUCAACACACUGGGGGCAAAUGCCCUCACCCACCACUGCUGUUGUACCCGUGCCAAGUGUCUCUAACAACCGGAGGAGAUCAAUUCACAUGAAAUGCAAAAAGCUGAACUUUAGGCCACCUUUGCUGUAACUCCUCUCCUCUAGCUGACUGAAAUGCAGAGGAAGUAAGCAGAGUUGGGAGAAAGUCUGUAUUUUCUGGAUGUACCGAUGCCCCAGUUUACAGGAGACCUGCAGGAGACUUGGAUUUAAUUACUGCUGUUCAACAAAAAAACACCUCAUUGACACUGGUAAAAAAUAUUGCUGUUGUGAAAACCUCACUAAUCGUAUUUUGCAGAUUUCUCAUGUUUAUAUGGAUCAUCACAUUGUAUAAGAUAACCCUCUUCAUACAACACUGUUGUUAAAUGUUGGACAAUUCACAAAACAACUGCUAUUUUCAAUUAUAUAAGGUUUUUUUACUAACAGCAGUUAUAUUUCAGAUGCUUUUCUACACAAAGACACACACUUCUGUUCUUCACUGUCCUGCUGCUGUAUGUUGAGAAUUUGCUUUUCUCCAUGUUACUUGUGAGCAACAGAGAAGCUGUGUUGUAUCGGUACUUGUGUUGACCUUGUUGACCUGUAUCUCUUGUUGAUUGCUUGCUAGGUUUGUUAAAAAAAAAAAAAAAAGAUGUCAAUGCUGUCAUUUUCUUUUCAUUGACUUGAGGCUCGGUAGCUAAGCUGUAGGCUAAGUCUGAAGCUAAGAGAUGAAACCCUCUCAAAACAAACCCUAAAACUUUGAGACUGCCACGUUCUCACACUUCCUACAUAUUCAAGCUCAGAUGUUCUCGUCUCUCCAAGUCAAUACAUGCUGCUUGGUGAGAUGUAUUUGAGUUGCGUGCCAUCUGGAAUGGGAUCCCAUGUCUGCUGCCUGGUGCAGCUUCGUGUGGCAAAAGCAGUUUUUAGAGGAGAGCCAAUUCAAACACAUUUAUGACAAUUGGAAAUGAGAGAUAGACAAUUAUUCAAAUCAUCCGUUCUUUUUACAGAGCUGACUGGGUUUUAUUAAUUAUUAUUGUUUUGGCCAUGUUCUGUCACACAUAAAAGAGGACAGGAUGUUUAAUGUACCCACUGUGCUGAAGCAUGUCAUUUGUUCUAAAUGUUGAUUCUACAUUUAGAUCUUUAUGUAGAUCACUACUUCCCACCCUGAGGGCUGGGACCCUCCCAAAGGGGUUUAGUGAUGAGUCGUGGGAGGAAAUAAUGAAAAACUAAACUCUGCUACGCACAAAUAUUGAAAUGUACAGACUAGCGUAUGACGUUUGCUUGUUUUAUUGUGAAAACUGUAUAUUUGUUCCUCUUUUUGCCUCUAAA